GUAAAUUGGCAAAUAGCAAAAUAACAGUUAGUUCAGUGUAACCAUUCAAAUGAGUCGCAUGUUUACGCGAGGAAACGGAAGCAGCGAGACCCCAACUCAGCAACUCUAACUGUCUAACGGUAUAAUAUUUGAAACAACCAAACGCCCAGAAAUAUCUGACAGCUAAUAGAAAAUCGUAAAAUUCAUUAACCCUCAGUUUUGGCUUCUGUAAAAAAUAAAUUUGUGUGUUAUUUUUUUUUUCUUUUCGCUUGCAUAAAACGUGAUAAUUAUAUUAAACCCAUAAGGUGUUGUCUCCUCUCCUCCAUGGUGUGCGCGCAUGCGUACAUUUUUGCUCGACUGAUAAAUGGCACGCAGCAUAUGGUGAAGGCGCAAAGUUUUGACAAAGCCAAUCAAAGUGUUGUGUGACAAAAUAAAAAUUGUUGAAAAAAAAAUCUAACAAAAGAAACCCCAAUUGUAUAGUGGAUCAAAAAAAAAAAAAAAGUUUUCGAACAAUAGAAUAUUUACAUUUCAAAUAAGAAUGGCUUUAAGUUAUUUUAUAUGCAAAAAAAAAAAAUCAUUUGGAGGCUGAUAACGAAUAGAGCCGUUUGGAUGACGCAGUAAUUAGAAAAUGAGCAUAUAAACUAAAUGACCUUUUGCUGAUAAACUAUUCAGAACACACUUAGGUAACUAAAGGAAGCAAAAGGAUAUCCUUAAAGAAACCACAAAUCUUUGGGGACAUUUGAAAGUACCCAAGUGCAGACACCACAGAACACACAAACACACACACGAAUGUGGAAAACUAAAUGCUAUUUUAAAACUAAUGAACCACAAAAGCGUUUCGCUUGAAAGCAAAAAGCAGGAGGGCAAACAUUGCAAGAUUUAUUGGACCACUACAAGAUAAAAUUGUUCUCACAAGCAGACAACCAUCAUAAACUGCCAUUCCACCCACCCACUGGUUCUAGCCAGCUAAACUAACAGAACUAGAAUUUCGUGAAGUAAACAUCUAGACAAACUAUGAAGCGCAAAAAGGAGCAUAACGAAGAAAAGACGCUGGUACUGAUUUUGAGCAAACCCCAGAAGCAGCUGCAAUAUUUCAAAGAUGGACAGAUGUGUGUGAGUUUACAGGCGUCCUUCAUUGUCUGUUAAUUUGCAAAAUCAAAAGGACUGUUGAAAACUCCCCCACUUUACGGGCCGUACUCCUAUUGCUACCAACCCUACUACUGCCACUCACUCGCAGCUUGUCAGCUUCAUCCUUCCUUUUGGCAUUGAAGUUAAUUGAAAUCCCUAAAUCAACAACAGUUGAAGGUGGGCUAGUGGCGGUGUUGGCGGCUAAAGAGGGUGUUUCAUUACUUCUCCAUAUCGUAAAGGCCAACUACAAUAUUUAAAGCACAUAACUACGCCGAGUACCGCAUCAUCCUUGGAGCAAACAUUCUAGUCCCAUUUUUGCUGCACGUAAUGAAGACAUUUUUACGCUCUUUAGCGUUGUUAUUUUCGUCGUCGUUGUACCACUCGUCAGUGUCAUCUGCACCAUCAUACGCUGCUAAUAAAUUCUGUGGCGUUGUUGCAUUUUUAAUUUUCUACUCUGCUGCCUGCUUGCAUCAGUUGGCUGAGGCUGAAACUUUCACAUUGGGUUAUUUGACGGGUUCCCAGAGAACGCCGGGCAAUUUGGAUUAUCAAAGACCAGGUAUCACCAUUUCGGGAGCCAUUAGUCUAGCUGUCAAGGAAGUGAAUGAAGGUGAGUUGAAGUCCUUGGGCCAUUCAUUGGACUUCAUAGUAGCUGAGACUUAUGGCGAUGAGGUCAAUAGCAUACGCCAAACAGCUGAUUUAUGGACGCGUCAGGUAGUCGGCUAUAUUGGUCCCCAGGAGACUUGUGUGCAUGAAGGACGCAUGGCGGCUGCAUUCAAUUUGCCUAUGAUUUCUUAUUAUUGUACCCAUCGCGAUACCUCCAACAAACAGGAUUUUCCCACAUUUGCACGCACUCGCCCUCCGGAUACACAAAUCUCCAAGUCUGUUGUCUCACUGCUGAUGGCUUUCAACUGGACGCAGGUUACAUUUCUGUAUCUUGACCAUCCGGAUAGUCUGUAUCAACCUGUGGCCGACACCAUCUUGAGUAUUUUGAAUUGUGCUUCCAUUACUGUACGUGACGUCAAGACUUGGAACACCAUCUAUCACCAUGGUUUCAUGGCAAAUCCUUUUGUGGAUUUGGUGGAGCAGACCUUUAAGAAUACACGCAUUUAUCUUAUAUUGGGCCAUUAUUAUGAGCAUGUGGGCCUGAUGGUAGCCCUCUACAACAGAGGCCUAUUGGACGAAGGCGAUUACUUUGUGUUGGGUGUGGAUAUCGAACAAUAUGAUCCCUCCAAGCCGGACAAAUAUUUGCGUGGUCUGCUGCUGGAGAAGCGGGAUACGCGAGCUGAGUUGGCUUUCCAAUCAUAUUUGGCCAUAUUUCCCACAGCAUCCAUAAAAUUUGCCGAAUUUGCCAAGGAGGUUAACAAGUACAUGGAACUGCCACCAUUUAACUUCCCCAAUCCCUUGGGUUUAUUUGGAGGCACCAAACAGAUAAGUGCUGAGGCAGCAUAUCUCUACGAUGCUGUUCACUUGUAUGCAAAAGCUCUGAUUAAAGUUCUACGUCAUGGCGGCAGGCCACGCAAUGGCACAGCCAUAAUUGAAGCUAUUAAAGGCACUAAAUAUCGCAGUGCUAUGGGUUACCAUGUUUACAUCGAUGAAAAUGGUGAUGCUGCUGGCAAUUAUACAGUAUUAGCGCGUGGUCUUACAUGCAAUCUGAAGAAUAAAACAGUUCCUGGUCUGAUGCCUGUGGGUACUUUUAGUCAGACCCAAAGUGAUAAAUUGCCUGAUCUCAAUUUAUAUGGCAAAAUAGAGUGGGUGGGCGCAGGACGUCCAGCCGCUGAACCCAAAUGUGGAUUUGCAGAUGAGAAAUGCAUAAGUUACACUGGUGAAAUAUCAGCUGGCAUAGCUGGAGGUGCUUUACUUUUACUGGGCAUUGUCUCCUUGGUGCUCUAUCGCAAUUGGCGCUAUGAGCAGGAGCUGGAUAGCCUUUUGUGGAAAAUUGAUUUUCGGGAAGUACAGAUGCAUGAAAACGAAAAGGAAUCGAAUGCUCAAAAACAGACAAGGUCAACCCAUCCCCUAAUACGUACCAGUCAGGUCAGCUUGAGUUCAAAUCCUGAUGCUGAUUUUCGUUACACAACCAUUUUUACACCCAUUGGUUUGUACAAGGGCCAGUUGUAUGCCAUAAAGAAAGUUCGAAAGAAGUGUGUGGAUAUAUCGCGAGAAAUGAAAAAGGAAUUGAAAUUGCUACGAGAUGCCCGUCACGACAAUAUUUGUGCUUUUAUAGGAGCCUGUACUGAUCCUCCCAAUAUUUGCAUUAUAACCGAAUACUGCACUAGAGGAAGUUUAAAGGACAUUUUGGAGAAUGAGGACGUCAAGCUGGACAACAUGUUUAUCGCCUCCAUGGUGGCCGAUAUAAUUCGUGGUGUCAUUUAUUUGCAUGAAUCGCCCAUACGUUUUCAUGGCUCAUUGUGUACUUCUAAUUUGUUGGUUGACUCACGCUGGGUGGUUAAAUUGAGUGAUUUUGGUUUGUUUGCCUUCAAAAAAGGCAUUGAAGACAACUCUACGGAUGGAGGGACAAUGGCUGCCAAAUGUACCAAACUUCUUUACCGUGCCCCGGAAUUAUUGCGACAAGGUCCUGCAUCUCUGGUGUUGGGCACCCAGAAAGGUGAUUCAUAUUCAUUUGGCAUUGUGCUCUAUGAGAUUCAUACGCGACAUGGACCCUAUGGAGAGACCGGACUGACGCCCAUGCAAUGUCUUCAGAAGGUUUUACAAGUGCAAGAUAAUCUAUAUCCCUAUCGUCCAUCGUUGCAACCUUUGGAGACAUCAUUUGAUUGUGUGCGUGAAAUUCUCAAUGAAUGUUGGGCUGAAAGACCCGAUGAUAGGCCAGACUUUAAGACAAUACGUGCUAAAUUAAGACCACUUCGCAAGGGCAUGAAACCGAAUAUAUUCGACAAUAUGAUGGCCAUGAUGGAGAAAUAUGCCAAUAAUUUAGAGGCUUUGGUCGAUGAGCGUACCGACCAAUUGCAGGAGGAAAAAAAGAAGACUGAUGCUUUGCUCUUGGAAAUGUUGCCACGUCCAGUAGCGGAGCAAUUGAAAAAGGGCCACAAGGUGGAUCCCGAAAGUUAUGAACAGGUUUCCAUAUAUUUUAGUGAUAUAGUGGGUUUCACAUCGAUGUCGGCCGAGAGUACCCCGCUGCAGGUGGUGGAUUUUCUAAAUGAUUUAUACACCUGUUUUGAUUCCAUUAUAGGGCAUUAUGACGUAUACAAAGUGGAGACCAUAGGCGAUGCUUAUAUGGUGGUGUCUGGUUUACCCAUACGUAAUGGUGAUUUACAUGCCGCUGAAAUUGCCUCCAUGUCCUUGCAUUUAUUAGGCGCAGUUUCAGAAUUUAAGAUACGCCAUCGUCCCUACAAUAAAUUACUUUUACGUAUAGGUAUACACACGGGCCCCGUAUGUGCUGGUGUGGUGGGCCUUAAAAUGCCACGUUAUUGUCUCUUUGGAGACACGGUAAAUACAGCAUCCCGCAUGGAAUCCUCUGGGGUGCCCUUGAAAAUCCACUGCAGUCGGCAGUGUAAGGAGUUGUUGGAAAAACUGGGAGGCUAUCAUUAUCAAGAGCGUGGCAUGGUCAUUAUGAAGGGUAAGGGUGAGCAGCGAACCUAUUGGCUAUUGGGUGAGGAUGAAGAGGCGAAACAGCGACGCACCUAUGAACGUUCACAAAGACGUGGAUCCAGGGCUUUGAACAAAUACAUACAGGGUACCAUUAAGCAACAGCAACAAACAAAUCAUUUGGCGGUGGCCAAUGAUUUGGGUAUACGCUCCUCAUUGAAGAAUAAAAAUGUACCCAGAAACUCCUUGACACGUUCAUCCAGUCUAGAAUCACCAAAGAAGUUGCGAUUUGCUACGGGUUCUCUGUUGGAACAUCAUCGUUAUCAUAGUGACGAAGCCCUCCUGGAAGUGGUGACCGACUCUUAUACAGGUCUACGCCGCUCUUCGGGUGCCUCAUGUCAUUCACGCUACGAAGAGUCUACAUUAUCUUGCCAAAGCUGUGAGGAUUUGACUAAUCUGCAACGCCAAAGACGUCCAUCAUCCUAUCCCACUGCCAACACGCCGCUCUUGCUGAACCACAAAGAAACUUAAACAAAUUCUAAUCCCAAAAAUAACGAAAUCAAAUCCAAAUAAGAAAAGAAACAAAUCAAAUGUUACUAAACGAAAACAAUAAUUUUCUUCUUUCAGACUUAGAACGAAACUUACGAAACUCCUCUGUAGAGGAAUCAAACAUUAGUCAUUUAGGAUUUAAAAAUGAAACAAAAACAAAAAGAAGCUUAACACAAAAAUCAAAGAGAAAACAGUAUCUAAAUAUUAUUGUGGUCAUAUGCAGCAGAAUAAUCAUGUUUUAUGAUAGAUGUGUUGGUAUUAUAUUUAUAUGUAUGUAUGUGUAUGUAUUUGAAUUCUAACUCUACUACGGCUACUAACACUUGGUGUACUUACGGCGCUGAACAUUAAGUUAAGUAACAAUGUUGUCAAUGCUUUUGUGUUCGUUUUUAUUUACAAAUGUAAUCAUUUGAGCUGAAAAAUGUCAUGUGUCUCUAGUCUCGUUUAUUAGUUUGUAAGUCCCAAAGCAAGUAUUUUGUAAACUAUUUAUUAUAUGUAUAUUGUGUGCUUGUGCGGUUUUUGCGGCCUGUUUUUUUAACAGACUGACAGAAGGUCAGCGCCAAAUGUACGGCCAUUGAAUUGUCUUUAACGAGUUUCAAAUAUCCAUGCUUUUCAUCUUCCUCCAUUCGGCGCAGACUAUAUUAAAACCAGUGUUGCCACUACAAAAAAAUUUUCCGACUAUUAUUUUUCAAAAAAACCUACCAAAUACCCUCCAAGCCGAAUUGUAAACUAAAUCAAAAAACACGUAAAAAUAACAUUAAACAAAAAAAAAACGCAUUAAGUUCGACCGCGUCAAACUAUGGAGUCCCACAUUUUGUCAAAAUUUUUUUAACAUUUGAGAAAAUAUGAAUUUUUUUUUUUCAGGAUAUUAUUAUCUCUAGGCUAGGGAUAUUCAGAGGACCAAAACUAUUCAUUCUUCCAAAUUUUGUCAAUUUCGGGUAAAAACAGAGGCUUUUAUGAGCCCAUGGCCUUAUUAGGGUCUAAUACAACACACUGUUCCAAAUUUCUGCGAAAUCGGGUAAAAAAAUGUGCCUUAAAUUGGCUCAAGACCGGAAAAUCUGUCGACACGGGUAUCGAUAGAUCUAAUACAACUCUGUUCCACAUUCAAGCGGAAUCGGAUAAAAGUUCACCUUUUAUAGGCUCAAGAACCUUAAUCGGGAGGUUGAUCUAUAUGCCAUAAAUAUUAAAAUAUGAUACGAUCUUGACGGUACAGUUAUCGAGGACCCUAAUGCAACUCACUGCAUCAAAUAUCAGUAAAAUCGGGUAUAAAAUGCACCCUCUACGGGCUCAAACACUCGUAUCAGCAGAACGGAUAUAUUACAGUUUUAGUUACAUAUAGCCCGAUAUUGACCAUAUUCGUACCGAAUAUGUGGAGGCCUAUUAUAACUCAUUGAUUAAAAUGAGGCAAUACAUGCGGCUUUUAUGGGCUUAUGUCCCAUGGCAGAUUGAUCUUUAUGGGAGCUAUUUGUAAAUAUAGUCUAAUAGGGACCAUACUGCAACGCAUUCACCUAAAUUUCAGCGAAAUCGAAGAAUAAAUGUGGCUGUUACUGGCUUAAGACCCUAUAUCGGCAGAUCAGUCUAUAUGGUGUGUAUGAAAAAAUAUGGAUUGGUGCCAAGAAUCAGAUCCAUAUCGUAAUCUUCGAGGGAUGUGGCGUGAUUACAACAGAGCGACACACAGACAGACGGACAUCGUUAAAUCGUCUAUAAAUUUUACCACGAUCAAGAAUAUAGACCUUCUCUAGGGUCGGAAAUGAAUGUUUCGAAGUGUUGCAAACGGAAUGACUAAAGUAUUUCGUAUACUUCACAAAUACAAUUUUACUACUAGAAUCGAAGUUGGCCAUCCAUCCGUUUAAUCUCUUAAAAUUGAUCCUGUAGAUCCUACCAAACUUGGUAGAAAAUGCCCAAAAUGACAACGCUGAUUAUAACCCAAAGCUCACCUCAAUAAUUGAGCACAAAGUUUGUGGGCAAUAUAAAGAGACGCGAAAGUAUUUAUAGGUCUUCAAGUCAUCUAAAUCCAAAUGUAGGUUUUAAAUCAUCAUUUUUCCCCAUACGUUUGAUGGUCAAUUGUAGUUAUACCUUAUUAUCAAAUUUGUUUACAAAGUUUGCUGGGAAUUUACAGGCGUCAUGAUCGGUUAUAUAUGUAGGUAUUUAGAACACAAUGUUAUUGGUAUCUAUAUGCACCAUUGUAUGAUGGAUGUUAUGAAUAUAAACGAUUUUUUGUAGAUGCUCGGUUUUAAUUUUGGUUUUUUUCACGAUUACUUUUUUGGAAAACUACAAAUAUCUCACUGAUUGGCAAUAAAAGAUUGGAAUUCUAGAAUUGGUAUAUGAAUAUAGACAUCAAGAUAUGUGGUUCACAUAUUAAUAUUUUUUGAUCCAAGCGUUCGAACUAGAAUACUAGAGGGAGCUCCCAUAUCAUUGAGUUAGAAGUUGAAUUUGGCACUACUUUUUGAUAUGCAAGAAGUCUGUCGUCUGUUACUGUUCGGAAUGUUCGUGGGCAGCAAUGCAAUUUAGACCAUCAAUUAUCACAAAAUACUUAAUGCCAGAUUUGACAGCAUUAUCUUCGCCCAGGAAUAAAUCCUUAAGUCACUUUUCUGCAGCACUAUGUUCAGCAGCCGUCCCAAUCACCAAGAAAAUCGGCCACCGCGCGGAAAUGUAGAGAAGAUCUUCACUUCUAACUAUACAAAGAUGGCCUUUAGAUAAAGCAGCGUAUCCGGCAGAUCAACAUAGCAUUUGUGACGAUGAAGUCGAAUUAAACCUCUAUACUAUAGUUCUGCUCAAGAACUAAAUGAAAGAUGCAGCCUCAAAAACUCAUUUUGGUUAGGGAAAAACGCCAACGUGCAGGAUAAGUGUGCCGCGUAAAACCAUUGACAAUACUGGACAAAUGAUUAGCCAAAAUAAUACAGCUGAAGAAAAAAAUUUCUUUUUUCGAAAGUCCCGCUCCCCAUUCAAUCAGAACAGGAGGAUGUUAUUCGAGGGAGAAAUUAAUUCCUUGAGAGUUUUCGGAAUUGGGCUAUUAGUGUUUGGUUUACAUUUUGCUUUUCGAAAUGAAAAGCACUAUUGGUGAAGAUGGUUAAUUGUUUCAACAAAUGUUGUGGGUAACUAUCUCAAAAACCUACACAGAACAAAAAAAAAUAGCUUUCAAUCACGAAAUUCAUUGAUCCAAUUAAUUUUUUAAUUGAAACUGUUUCAAUCACAAAAUAUAAUAAUAAUAAUAUCAAUCACAGUUUUUGACAUAGAUAAUUAAAAGAAUUUUCAAUUAAAAUAAUAAUGAUUGAUCAUUUUUGAAAUUUUCAUUUAAUUCUUUAAUUGAUGCAAUUAAAAAAAUUAAUGGAAUUUUGGAAAAAGCCAAUUCAUUUUUUAGUUGGAUCAAUUAAAAAUUUAAUUGAAAAUAUUCAUAUGUUUUAUAAGUUCGUUUUGCUUAAAGCGCGCUACCUCGAUUUCGAUAACACUUGUUUGACAUAUAUAAAAACCCCCUGGAACACGAAAUUGAGGCUAAUGUUUGGGUCCAUGAUCACUCCUUAGAAACAAAAAUCCUCCGGGGUUUGUCCAAACAUGAAACGGCAAAUAUUGUUUCCCGAAAUAUAAAAGAAAGAGUAGCGAGGCAGUAACUUUAUGCAUUGCGGAAGUAAACCCAACAGAAAAACAUUCAUCUAGGGCAAAAGAAGUCACAUUUUAUACGUAACAUUUUUUAAGAUCCAAUUAAUAAAUGAUUAAAUCAAUUAAUUUUUUAAUUGAACGUGAAAAAAAUUCAUUUUAAAAAGAGUUCAGAUUCAGAAUUAAAAAAAUUAUUGAAUCGAUUAAUUUUUUAAUUGAAAAUGACAAAAACUUCAAUCAAGAUAAUUAUUGAAAACAGUUCAGAUUCAAUUAAAAAAAAGGAUUGAAUCAAUUAAAGUUUUAAUUCAAAUUGCCUUAAUUUCGAUCACGAUCGCAAAACAAUUAAUUCAAUUAAUCUUUCAUUAAAAACAUUUUUAAUUAUAUUUUUGAUCGAAAACAUUUUCGUUAUUCGAUAUUUUCCCUUUAGCAAAUGGAUUUUUCUUCGAAAACCUAUGACGACCUUUUUGCUGCACAAACACACAGUGUUGUAAUUGUUAUCAUUUUUUAGUAUUCAUGUACUUAUAUGUAUAUCUAUGUAUGUAUAUUUUCUUUAUUUAUUUAUACAUUAAAUAAAACAUUUUAAGAUAAGCAACGUUCCAAUAUUGCUUUCAACGAAAUUGUGGUAUUUUAAAAGUCAAUAUGUAUUUUGAAAGAAAAAAAAAAACAAAUAUAUAUAUAUAUUUAUAGAAAACUUAAAGCUCCAGGAGCAAACAAAAGAUACCCAAUUAUAUGAAGAAAAAGUUAAUGUUGUUAAAUAAAAAACAAAAAACAGUCAUGAAUAUAUGUAACCCAAUGAAAAAUACGUGAUAUACUUACUUAAUAGUUAGCAAAACAUUUAGUUUUAAUUGUUUUUUUUAUUAAAACAAUAUAUGUUCUGUUAUAUGUCAUUUUA